AACAUUCAUCAGAUGGUCUGAUUAGACAGGGGAGCACCAAACUGUAUGAGCUGAGACGACUGGAUCCUUGAGUAGUUAGAAAGAAGCCCAAUAAGAGAAUUGGCCCAUACCAUCAAGGCAGUACGUACGUGGGCCACGGGCCACAAACGGCAAAAGCCGGCGGAACCCAAUUGCCAUGGAACCCGGCGCGUGCCCCAUUCGAAAAGGCGCGACGGCUUCUUCCAGAAGGCUCCGAGCCACACGUCGGCUCCUCCCGUCUCCUCUGCCUCCGCUCGCGCCUCCCGCCGUCUCUCUGUCGCCGUCGCCGUUCUGCCGCCGCCGGACACGUCGUGAGCUCUCUCUCUCCUGGCUCCCCUAUUCGACCAUUCGUUUCUGUGCCUAUCGUAUCGAGGUUUCGCUCGUGCAGUUACAACAAGGAUUGCACGGAUUUUGCUGCGAAUGGUGCACGGCCGGAGGAUAUUACGAUACAAUCGCAAGAAACGAGAUGCCUUUGUCAGAGAAUGAACUUGAAAUCGGCUUCUUGAAUAAUUGCAGCACGGCUGUUCAGAGAGUUGGUGGACAUGUGCAUCAUGUUGCAAGCUGUGGUGGUGGCAGAAUCCUUGAUCCUAUCACGGUUGCAAAGUGACUAGUAAUGUGGCAUUGGGGGUCUGGGUUAGAAUUUCUGGCUUCGGGAAGGCACCGUGGUGGUGUGGGUGCAGAGUGGCGGCAUGUCAGUGAGCGAGGGAGGGAGAGAAUGUGUAAGGGCCAUUGAGGCCAGGCAAGAUGUUUGCCUUGCUUGCUUUAAAACGGUUACAUAACCCUUACAGAUUUGGACUCUUAGGCCCUGUUUGGGAAAAAAGUUUUUGAAAACCACAGUUUUUGAAAUACUACAGUAUACUUUAGUCAUGACAAUACCGUAGUUUACAAUACCACAAUUUUGGAAACUGAGGUCUAGACCUAAGUUUAGAAUACCUUAAAACAACUAUAGUAUUUGCAAUACUUCAGUUUUGAAAACAGAGAUUUUAGCCAGCUUGCCAAACACCAUUAUGUAUAUAAUACUGCAGUAUUUGAGAAUACUGCAGUAUUCUUCCAAAACUAUGAAAAAACUUCACUCCCAAACACCCCCUUAUUUUCUAACAAAUCGAUCCUAUUUCCUAAACCAACUCAAUCUCAAGCAAACUAGAGAAGAAAUCCUUAUAGAUUUGGACCCACCUUUUCUAACAAACCAAUCCUAUUUUCUAAACCAACGCAAUCUCUGGUUCUAAGAAAUCUCUAUUUUAACUACUCCGACUCAUGCGCUACAGGGCUACUGCACGUGCUAUAGUACUGGAGGUACGGUUCACACCGGGUCUAAUUUGGGCGCAACACCUACGUGGCCCAUUUUUCGACGCACACAAAAGAUACCGGUUAUAACAUGUGGACCAACCGUUGAAGCUUAUUGCCCUAACAUUGAUGUUCAUCUUGUUACAUAUCCACAUCUAAUGUACUAUGAACCCGAAUUUUUUGUUUUUUAGCCCCUUUUGUGACACAAAUUUACGUUUGGACCCCCAGAAAUUUUAUUUGCACGUUUGGACCCGAUGCUCGGCGCCAUAGGCUGUGGCGCCGAGGUAACACCUAGCCUGGAGGGGGCUAUUAGAAGAGCUGAAGAAGAAAUUAUUAUUUGGAAGUUUGCGGGGGCCAAGCAUCUUGCCCUAAUUACAGCUCCCAUUCCAGGUGUCAUGUAGGGCUCUAGUAGAGAGUCCAGUAGGCCUUGUUUAUUUUCUUUCUUCUUUUUCUUCUUUAUUUCUUUUUUUUUCUGUUGUGUUUGUAUUUGGUCUAAUUUUAGACCCUUCUUCUUAAUUCAAUGAUACGCAGCUCUCCUGCGUGUUCGAAAAAAAAG